CACGAACGCUGAUAUUUUGCCUUGCGACCAUAUUAAUCUCUACUAUAGCUGUGCAAGCGUCUAGCGCUUAGUAUCGAAGCCUCCUGUAACCUCUUUGUCUGUAGAAAUAAAGGCCGUACAAGCUCGCAAAUUCACAUUUGACGCCGAUUUUGGCAAACAAAGGACACUCGACAAUAUAUCGGAGACAAAGAGCUGGCUUUGAACCUCGAAGGGUCAAUCAGUUAAUUAGAAUGUCGACCAUGAGUGUCAGGACCAACCUUGAGAUGUCUUGUUCCUUGAGAUCCUCUGGAGGCGAGCCAAGACCUAAGACACAUACGUCAGGUACAAUAUCUAUAGUUACCAGUACUUCUAAAUGGCCUCGGAAUCAGCAUCCCUAGAGCAGAACAAGCCCUCUAGGUCAUCAUGCAAGUUGGUGCCUCCGUGCCGGAGCGUCCAGCACGGCAUUUCCAUCGAUUCGGCCGGGCAGACGAAGACGAAGCCAAUAGGCAAGUACUACUUCACCGAGGAUGCACUCAAGUAUGACCUGGCAGCACUGAAGAAAGGGGAGGUCUACAGCCGAGAGGAGUUCUACAGGCGAGCGAAGACCUGGUAUAAGGCUGAAAUUGACCGACUGCUCCACUUGAAGAGGAUCGAGAAGGAGGACAAGCCCGAAGUGACGCUGACAACCCAAUACCCUACCGAGCAGCGUGAGGAGGACUCCAGGUUGAUACCGGCGCAGGCGAAAGGCGACCGGAUAAGCAGCCCAGCAGCAGCCCCCUCUCCGACUCCGAGUCCUGCCAAAGCACCGACCCGUGUGCAGCCCGCCCGCGCCGCGAAACGAAAGGCUGCCGAGCGGCUUUUCACCAGGUCCAGCCGGGCCCCAAGUCGAAGGACGAAAGGGAAACUGGCAAAGCCACACGUUUCAGACCCUCCUCCGAGCAAGGAGACCAGGCAUCCCGAGCCCGAGGCGGAGCCAGAAACAAAAGGCAACUACGCACUCGCGGCCUAUGACUGGGCCCAGUUCCUCAGCGGCAACGAGGAAGAGCACGGCCGUUCUCCUUGGUCGUAUAUACAGUUCCAGGGACUGGAUGUGGCAUAUUUUGUUAUGCGGCUGGAGCGAGCCGUACGGCGAAAGACGUGCGAGAUCCGACUCGGCAGAACCGGGGAGCCAGGCCUCUGGUCAUGUUGUGCAGCUCGAGGCGCGACGAGCAAGGCAGACGACGAGGAAGAGAGAAGAAAGGAAAGGCCAAAGCAGCAGCAGAAAGCCGAUUGCCAGCGCCGGAUCCGAAAUCCACCACCCGGUACCAAGUCCCGCUGCGUGCUAGACGGCCCGCGCUACACAGCCCCAGUGGCCCCCUUCACGCCCAAGGCUGCGCUCGCGCCGGGCGAGGACUGGCGGUCGCCUACUGUCACCACUACCACUAUCACUAGCCCAGCCAAAGCGGGCGACGACCGCAAGACGAAGACGGCCAACGGGGGCCCCGCUAGUACUACCGAGACAACACCGGCGGCGUCUGGCAGCAAACCCGGCAUUAUUAGCUGGGCCGCAGACGAAGUCCGCAGGCGCGACGAGCUGAACAAAAGAGCUGCUGCUGCGGCGGCGGCGGUGGCGGCAGGACUAGCGCCGGAGGCGGAGAUGGAGGUCAGUCCCACAUUGGGGCGGUGGCAGGUGCGGGCUCGGAAGCUGGAGGGGGAGGAGCUGCAUCCCGUGGAGGACUUGGAGGCCAACAACGUAGUAGAGGUGUCCAGCCUGAAGUUUGCUGUUGACCUCUGUGCUUGCCCGUCUGAAGGGGGGGCCAUGGAGGCCGGGGAGGAGGGGUUGAGGGUUCUGAUGAUGUAA